GUCAUCAUCCCGCGCCGACGCAGGAAGUGACGACACUCCUGGCGCGCGCCGGGCGCUGUUUCUCCUCAGGCUCCGAGACCGGCGGCGGCGGCGGCGGCGCAGGGUGUUUUAACUCAAAUGGGUGAUGAAAAGGACUCUUGGAAAGUGAAAACUUUAGAUGAAAUUCUCCAGGAGAAGAAACGACGGAAGGAACAAGAGGAGAAAGCAGAGAUAAAACGCUUAAAAAACUCUGAUGACCGGGAUUCCAAGCGGGAUUCCCUUGAGGAAGGGGAGCUGAGGGACCACCGCAUGGAGAUAACAAUAAGGAACUCACCCUACAGAAGAGAGGACUCCAUGGAAGACAGAGGAGAGGAGGAUGAUUCUUUGGCUAUCAAACCACCCCAGCAAAUGUCUCGAAAGGAGAAAGCUCACCACAGGAAAGACGAAAAGAGAAAAGAGAAACGGAGGCACCGUAGUCAUUCAGCAGAAGGGGGGAAGCACGCCAGGGCGAAGGAGAAGGAAAGGGAGCACGAGCGCCGCAAGCGGCACCGCGAGGAGCAGGACAAGGCGCGGCGGGAGUGGGAGCGGCAGAAGAGGCGGGAGCUGGCGCGGGAGCACUCCCGGAGGGAGAGGUGGAGGCUGGUCAGGGCUGCUCAGGAGCCGGACUGGCGGGGCCCGACUCACGGCAGAGACCUGUGUCAGCGUGUGAGGUGGGACUGCGGGCACGGUGACACCGGAGGCAGCUUGGGUCCCGGCGGAGUUGCGAUGGACCGCCUGGAGCAGCUGGAGAGGAAGCGGGAGCGCGAGCGCAAGCUGCGGGAGCAGCAGAAGGAGCAGCGGGAGCAGAAGGAGCGGGAGCGGCGGGCGGAGGAGCGGCGCAAGGAGCGGGAGGCCCGGAGGGAAGGGUCUGCACAUCACCGAGCCCUGAGGGAGGACUAUGGCGACAAAGUGAAGGCCAGCCACUGGAGCCGGAGCCCCCUCCGGCCGCCUCGCGAGCGCUUCGAGCUGGGGGAAGGCCGGAAGCCCGUAAAAGAAGAGAAGACGGAAGAGAGAGACCUGCUGUCUGACCUGCAGGACGUUAGCGACAGUGAGAGGAAGACCAGCUCGGCCGAGUCCUCGUCGGCAGAGUCGGGGUCUGGUUCGGAGGAGGAGGAGGAGGAGGAGGAGGAGGAGGAGGGGAGCAGCAGUGAGGAGUCGGAGGAGGAGGAGGAGGAGGAAGAAGAAGAGGAGGAGGAGGAGGAGGAGACGGGGAGCAACUCCGAGGACGCAUCUGCACAGUCGGCAGAAGAAGUGAGUGAGGAGGAAAUGAGCGAAGAUGAGGAGCGAGAGGGCGAGAACCACGUCCUCGUCGUUCCAGAGUCACGAUUUGACCGGGAUUCUGGGGAGAGUGAAGAAGGGGAAGAGGAGGCGGGUGAGGGCACCCCACACAGCAGUGCCCUCACCGAAGGAGAGUUCGUGCCCGACUCGCCGGCCUUGUCGCCCAUUGAGCUCAAGCAGGAGCUGCCCAAGUACCUGCCCGCCCUGCAGGGCUGUCGGAGUGUGGAGGAGUUCCAGUGCCUGAACAGGAUUGAAGAAGGCACUUAUGGGGUGGUGUACAGAGCUAAGGACAAGAAAACAGAUGAGAUCGUGGCUCUGAAGCGGCUGAAGAUGGAGAAGGAGAAGGAGGGCUUCCCCAUCACGUCACUGCGGGAGAUCAACACCAUCCUCAAGGCACAGCACCCCAACAUCGUCACUGUCAGGGAAAUAGUCGUGGGCAGCAACAUGGACAAGAUCUACAUCGUGAUGAACUACGUGGAACACGACCUCAAGAGCCUCAUGGAGACCAUGAAGCAGCCGUUUCUGCCAGGGGAGGUGAAGACCCUGAUGAUCCAGCUGCUGCGCGGCGUGAAGCACCUGCACGACAACUGGAUCCUGCACCGCGACCUCAAGACAUCCAACCUGCUGCUGAGCCACGCAGGCAUCCUCAAGGUGGGGGACUUCGGGCUGGCACGGGAGUACGGGUCUCCUCUGAAGGCCUACACCCCAGUUGUUGUGACCCUGUGGUACCGCGCCCCAGAGCUGCUGCUGGGCGCCAAGGAGUACUCCACGGCCGUGGACAUGUGGUCGGUGGGCUGCAUCUUUGGGGAGCUGCUGACUCAGAAGCCACUGUUUCCUGGGAAGUCGGAAAUCGAUCAGAUCAACAAAGUGUUCAAGGACCUGGGGACCCCCAGUGAGAAAAUCUGGCCUGGCUACAAUGACCUCCCUGCCGUCAAGAAGAUGACCUUCACCGAGUACCCAUAUAACAAUCUCCGCAAGCGUUUCGGGGCCCUGCUCUCAGACCAGGGCUUCGACCUCAUGAACAAGUUCCUGACCUACUUCCCUGGGCGGAGGGUCAACGCAGAGGACGGCCUCAAGCACGAAUAUUUCCGAGAGACCCCCCUCCCCAUCGACCCCUCCAUGUUCCCCACGUGGCCGGCCAAGAGUGAACAGCAGAGGGUGAAGCGAGGCACCAGCCCGCGGCCCCCGGAGGGAGGCCUGGGCUACAGCCAGCUGGGUGACGACGACCUGAAGGAGACGGGUUUCCACCUCACCACCACCAACCAGGGUGCCUCAGCCGCCGGCCCAGGGUUCAGCCUGAAGUUCUGAGCUUCAGAGUGGACGCCAGACCCACCCUGGGGAGUGCCGACCGACGGCCCAGCUGGGACCAGGGCAGACGUUGGAGGCGGCAUCUGGGUCCACCUAGGUCCUGCCCUGACUGGACGCGGCGGCUGCCAGCCUCAAGUCAGACUGCUGGUCCUGUUGGGUCUCCGCAUUUUGUUUUUAUUUCAUCUAGGCUUGUAAAUUUGUAGAAUUAAAUCACAUUUUCCUUGU